AUGCUGCGUAAAAGAGAGUGUAUACGAGAUGGAUGGGUGGAGAAGCACUUUUGCUACGUCCCCGUCACGGCUGCAGGCUCUCUUCCCAGACACCAGUCCCUCUCGUUCCAGUGGUUGAUCGGAGGAGACUUCGAGAUGUGCUUCCAGUACCUCGCGUUCGUGACCUCUUCUGCGGCUCUCUUCGGCGCCGUCAGCUUCUUCUAUGCCGGCCGCUACAGAUCUAGAUACAGACGGGACAGGAGACCGCUCGUGGUGAUGUUGAAGUUGGGAAUUGCCGUGUGUAUGGCCCUCAAUAGCUUGGUCGGGUUCUUAGCUGCGUUUUGGAUGGACAGGCAGCGUCCGUACGCCGUGCUAGUAGCUCAGAUAGUGAGCUUCGUAUCUUGGACGAUCCAUGCAGCUGCAUUGUGGGUGUUCUCCACUUCACUGGGCUACACAGGCAGGGGGCCCCUUGUCCUCAACGUCAGCUGGUACCUAACUCUCGUGGCUAGCAUCCUCCACUUCCGUAGCCACCGUUCGCUGGGACGCUAA